UUGGGCAAGGCGUGGGGCGGGCGGGAAGGGAGCGGAGACACAACAAAUAUGGCGGCUACAGCUGCGACGCUGACGAACGCUGAGGCGGUGGCGGCGACGAACAAGGCUGUGGGGAUUCCUCGGUGCAGUUGUCAGGAGAUAUAACAGACUUUCAACUUAAAGAGAGAAAGAAAGAAAGCACCAAGAUGGGUGAAAAGAAGCCAGAGCCUUUGGACUUCGUCAAAGAUUUCCAGGAAUACCUGACACAGCAGACGCAUCAUGUGAACAUGAUUUCGGGAUCAGUUAGUGGGGACAAAGAAGCAGAGACUCUUCAGGGAGCUGGAACAGAUGGCGAUCAAAACGGACUUGAUCACCCAUCUGUUGAAGUUUCCCUGGAUGAAAACUCAGGAAUGUUAGUAGACGGGUUUGAAAGGACCUUCGAUGGGAAGCUCAAGUGCCGGUACUGCAACUAUGCCAGUAAAGGGACGGCCCGGCUCAUCGAGCACAUCAGGAUCCACACAGGCGAGAAGCCUCAUCGAUGUCACUUAUGUCCGUUUGCAUCUGCUUAUGAGCGCCAUCUGGAAGCCCACAUGCGCUCUCACACUGGGGAAAAACCAUACAAAUGUGAAUUGUGUUCCUUCCGCUGCAGUGACCGAAGCAACCUGUCCCACCAUCGAAGGCGCAAACAUAAAAUGGUACCAAUUAAAGGUACCAGGUCUUCCUUAAGCAGCAAGAAAAUGUGGGGAGUUUUACAAAAGAAAACAAGCAAUCUUGGGUAUAGCAGAAGAGCACUAAUCAACUUAAGUCCGCCUUCCAUGGUGGUCCAGAAACCAGACUACCUUAACGAUUUUACCCAUGAAAUUCCAAAUAUUCAGACCGACUCCUACGAAACCAUGGCAAAAACCACACCAACUGGUGGCCUGCCAAGGGACCCCCAAGAACUCAUGGUUGACAACCCUUUGAAUCAGCUCUCUACUUUAGCAGGACAGUUGUCCAGCUUGCCACCAGAAAACCAAAACCCUGCCUCCCCUGAUGUAGAUCCCUGCCCUGAUGAAAAGCCUUUCAUGAUCCAGCAGCCCUCUGCCCAAGCAGUAGUCUCUGCUGUGUCAGCAAGUAUUCCUCAGAGCUCCUCCCCCACAAGUCCAGACCCUCGGCCGUCGCACAGCCAGAGGAACUACAGUCCAGUGGCAGGGCCCAGCAGUGAACCAAGUGCCCACACCAGUACCCCCAGCAUAGGAAACAGCCAGCCAAGCACUCCAGCUCCAACCCUGCCGGUCCAGGAUCCUCAGCUUCUGCACCACUGCCAGCACUGUGAUAUGUACUUUGCAGACAAUAUCCUUUACACUAUUCACAUGGGAUGCCAUGGGUAUGAGAACCCCUUUCAGUGUAAUAUAUGUGGAUGCAAAUGUAAAAACAAGUAUGAUUUUGCCUGUCAUUUUGCAAGAGGGCAGCAUAACCAGCACUGAACACAGUCAGCAUUGAUCUCACUUGGUUUGGCCUUUGGGGAGUUUGUAGUUUGGUCUUUAGUUUGAUCAUCCCUAAUAAGGUAUAUGCUAAUUUAAAAUUUAUACAUUUUAUUCAUAAAAUAGAAGUUUGAUAGUGAGAAAAGGUUUUGUUAACUUUUCAUAAAAGUCUGUUCAGGGUUAUUUAUGCAUUAGAUAGUUAGGUGCAUUGUUGUCUUUUCCUUUAGCCUUCUGAGACUUCCUACACUUGUCCUGAGGACUCCAGGGUAAUCCUGACUCUUGAUGCUUUAGUGUGUACAUUACAGCGAAACAUUCUUCCUGCCAUAGUUCAAAAUGGCACAAUAAACUUCUCAUGCAAUCUUUUGUAACAUUUCAGUGUUUAUAGACAAACUGCCUUUAAGUUUGCUUUUAAUUCACAUAACUUAACUUGAGUUAGUUUUAUUACAACCAAAACCAGUAGUUAUUUCAGUGUAAUAAAUCUCUUCAAGGGCAAGUAUAAAACAAUUCUUUUCAAAUUUAAAUUAUAAAAAUGCAAGUCUUGGAACUUGAAAUUUGGGCUAAGUUGAAAAUUGUGUUCAGUAUUUGAGAUAUCUGUUCAUUUUCUGUGUAAACAUGUUUGUGUUUCAUUUAUAUAUAUUUAUGUAUUUUGAGUAUUCUUUUAAAGCCACAGGUAAAUAUAUUAGAGUGCUAGAUGCCUUUUUCGAUCUGAAUCCUUCAUUCAAAUUCUGCACUCACUGGUGUCAGGUAAGAUUGACAGCCACACUGAUUACUUUAUUCUUCCUAGUCUUCGAUGACCAAAGAGGAAGGAGAACGCAUCCAUCUUAGUAAGAUGCUUCAAAACAGUCUCCAAGGUUUCCUUGUCUGCCUUCUGUACAUUUAUCGCCCUUAAUUUCCAAGAAGGGGCGAUGUAGAGACCCAGAAAAAUGUACUAGUGAAGAAACAGUACAGUAAUGAGAGCAUGCCCAGAGCAGAGCAGGCCAUAGAAGUCCCCCUGUGAGUCUUCAUGGACAGAGACGGUGGGAUAAUCACCACCGUGGGAAAGGAUAAAGAGUGAAAGUUAUUAUGAAGCACAUUGAAAUGUGACAUUUAAUUUACCUAUAAUUAGAGUGGUUCAUUUUAUAUAGGAAGCCACUAUUUUUGUAUCGUGUAAUAAGUAGCUUACUUUGAAGAGAGCCUGGCAAAACAAUAAAACAUUGUCAGUUACUAUUGGUUUCUGUGUACUUUGCAAAUUUUUCAUUUUUAUUUGGUUAAUAUCUUGAAAACUUUCCCAAUUGGCUUCUUAAAGAAAUACCCUGUCAAUCAUUAUUAACCAAAAAUCACCUCUUACAGUAAUUAAGAGGGAAAUACUGAGAGUGUCUACCCAUUAAGUCCCAAGUGCCCUGUUAAUGGAUCUGUGCCCUCCUUCCCUCCCUGUGCUAGAAAGCCAUUCAGAGGGUGCCUGUGCUUACAUAGCCAGUCUUGGCUCAUCCUGACUGCACUGUUAAAGCGCAGCCCCAAAGACACUUUCUCUUCUGAUCCUAACUUUCUAGUGAUUUUGGUCUGAUGCUUAAAUCAUUCACAAGAUUCGUUUUAGCACAACACUUUCCAAAUACAUAACUUGACUGUUGUGCUUAUCAGCUGCCAGAAAGAAACAGGUGGGUGUUUGGAAACUUUGCUGUUUUCAAACUUUGAUUCAACUAAAAGCAAUACUCCCAAAUAGACAGUGAAAGCUUCCUGAGACAGGAAGAAGCCCAGAGCACUGCUGCACACCUCUAGUCCCAGCUGCUUGGGAAACAGAGGCAGGAAGAGUGCAAGACGUGUCUCAAAGGCCACAGACCCUGAAAGGGCUCUCCUUCCAGCCAGUUGUAUCACCUACAUUCUGGGCCAAACAGUGACACGUGCAUUUUGUUUUUCCUAACAACUAAGGAUGAAUGUUUUGAAGGUAAAUUUCAUUUUAACUAUGGAAAAGACUUUUCAUAGUUACAGACUAGAAGUAAAGAAAUCCUAAUUUUCCAAUAACAUAAGAGCACAGUUGGUCUUCCAAAGGUGUCGAUGCAUGAAGCUACAAGUACUUCGGAAUGCACUAAAAUUUUGAAGCAAAUCUACCUUAGGAACUUUUGAAAUUGUACUUUUAAAGAUUUAGGAUUUUGCUUAAAUAUUCUGAGUUAAAUUCUGUACUAGGAAAGAUGUUGGAUUCUUUCCUUAAAUACUAAAUAUGUUCCUCAUUUUAUUUUUAACCAAAUGUUUUAUAGAAAUGAGUUGAGAAAAGUUUAACAUGCACUAUUUAUAGUACUUUGCCAUUAACAGGCAAUGUUCUGAAACUAAAUUUAUUUUUGUUCAGUGAACAUGAGUUUAGAUUUUUAAAGUUGGUAAUUUAUCUCCACUACUAUUUUUUUAAACUGUGAAGAGAUUAACAGAAUAAUUUUAUUUCAGAUUUUACUAAUGUCGUGUGUAGCUACAAUUCUUGACAUUCAAGUGAAGACGAGACUUGUGUUUUGAGAUUUUUUUCCCAUCGGGUAGUUUCAGUGGUUUCAUUUUAGAAAUGGGUUUGCUGUUCAUCUGCAGAUGUUUGACAAAGGGAAUGUUACUGAAAAAGAAAAAAAAAAAACUUACCAAAUGAAGAAUUGUUAGAAAAAAAAAUUAAGUUCCCUGCUAAAGACAUUUUUGUUAGUCUUAGGGGGUAGGUAUUUGCUUUCUAGAACUUGUUUCUGUUGAUACCUGGAUGUAGGGAACAUGUUUUACACCUAUGCGAGGUGUAAGUCUUGCAUUACAGUUGUAAGAUACAUUAUAUUGUUUAGGGAUCAAGAAAGCAAUCCAGUGCUGAAGUAACUAUAGUAUGUAGUUCCAAUUGUGAAUAAUGCUUUGCUUUUGUAAUGUAUGAAUAAAAAUAACACUUUCUAAUGA